AUGGGGAACCAGACGAGCGUGGUGGACGCGCUGGUGGAUCUUGAGUUCCCGGCAGCCGCGGCGGCCCCCGCGCGCCCCCCGCCCGGCCACGACCUCCCCAUGGGCGUGCUCUCCUUCGAGGUCGCAUCGCUCAUGCGGAAAGCGCUUGAUCUAUGGCGGCAGCUCGACGCGCGGAAUAUCGCGGGCCUGGAAAAGCAGCUGCAGACCGAGGGGCUGAAGCGCCUGGGCGUGGGGGAUUAUUCUCUGCGCUGGCGUCUGGCGGGCGCGGAGUAUGCUUCCGACUUGAACGCGCUCACCGCCGCCGUGGGGGUGCUGGCGCGCAGGUGCGGGGGCGCGCGGAGCGGAGAGGUGCUGAAGCGGCUGCGGGGGUACAGCCGCGCGUGGAAGAGAGAAGACAGCUUCAGCGAGGGCGAGGCGGACGAGCUCAUGCGGUUCCUGAGGGAACAGCUGGAGCCAAUGGGAGCGCUGCACAACGCAAUGCUUGCACUGGAUGACGUCAUCAACAGCGCGGCUGCAGACCCCGAGGUGCAGAACGCCAAGAUGCGUCGCCCCAAGGGGAAGCCGCAGGCUGCCGUGAUGGAGCAGAUGCAAGUGGUGCAUCAGCUGCAGCGUGCAUCCCUCUGGAACCACCCACUCGAGCGACCGGUGCUGGUGCUGGCGGUGGCGCUGGGAGUGCUGUGGCAGCAGUACCGGUCUGUGUUUGGUCGCCCAACACCACCAAAGCAGGAGGAGUUGAAAGGAACGCUCGGAGCAGCGGGGUUGCCUUCGGUCUAUGCGCGCGUGCUGCUGGGGGUGGAGCAGAUGAGGGAGAUGAGCCCCAUCAGUCCGCCCUUCAAGGAACAGCGGAGAGAGCUCUACUCUAUCCUCCCUUCCACGGUGCGUAGGCGUCUGGCCAAGCGGCUGAAGCAGCGGUCCAAGCGGCAUAUUGAUGGGGCGAUAGCUAAGGAUUUGAGGGGCGUGGUGGGAGACAUCCUCAAGUGGGCCGUGCCUCUGGCUGAGCGCACUGAGGUGUGGAAUGGAGACAAGUCGUUUGGGGCUCAGAGGAGGAACCGCAGGCACCGCACGCUGCUGGUGGAGACGCUUCACUACUGCGACAAGGACAAGUUUGAAGCGGUGCUGGUAGAACUCCUGACCUCCUUCUCCCUCGUCACUCUCCACACCAAACGCCCGCACCCGCCCACCAAAGCCCGCCCUGCCGUGACCCCGAUUCGACGCAAGCAGCCAGGCUCGGCCGAGCCUAAGAACCAGGCCGAGUCUAAGAACCAGGCCGCGCGGCCGUCCACCGCUCCUGCCUUUCCCCCUUCUGCGUCUGCUCCCACUUUUGUGAGCAGGGAGCCCCUUCCGGACCUCCCAGUUCCCCUCGUCCCAGACCUGCUUCUGGAGCAGCCCCUCCCGGACCUCCACCUACGGCUCAGUCAGCUUCCAGUGCUCCCCCGCCUGCAGCUCGAACCGUCUCCGAACCUGCUCCUACUGGUCCGGCCAUGCCUAGGCAGGCUCCCCAAUCAAGGCCUGGCCCGGGACCAGCUCCUGGACCUGGAGGGCCCCGAGGCAAUCCAUCCGGACCUCGCCCCAGGCCCAGUGCUGGCCCCGGACCUCGGCCUUCCCCAGGCCAGGCGAUGCCUGGGAGGGGUGGCAUGGGACCCGGAGCUGGGGUUCCUCAGGGUCCAGGUGCCAUGCGACCAGGCCCCCCCGGACCUCAGGCUCGGCCCGGACCGCCAUACCGAGCCGGAGGUCCGGCGCAAAGGCCAAUGCAGGGGGCAAGGCCAAUGGGUCCAGGAGGGGGUAUGGGAGGAGGUAUGGGAGGAGGCCGGGGAGGCGUGGGAAGGGGUGGUGGAGUCUGCUGACACGUGGACGAAUCUGGAAGGAGCAGGGAAAGUGGAGCUGGCGGUUGAAGAGAUGCCACGUGCAACGGCGACACAGGGGGUGGCAAAAUCAAAAGCAGGAGCAGCUGUAGAACUGCCACGUCAGGUGGUGCACCUGCCACGUCAGCUGCUGCGCUUGCCAGCUCAGCUUCUGCUGGCAGACACGCGCCCUCCACCCCCCCUGAUGGAGAGAGGGGUGGAUGAGGAAGGAGAGAAGGUGAGGAGGAGAGAGAAGAGGGGAGACGAGGCGGUAGGAAGGGAAAGAGAGAAACAAAAAGUGGUCGUGGUGGUGAGUGCGGAGGGGGAGAAGAUGGAAGAGGGGGAGGUGGUAAGGGGAGUGGAGAUGAGAGAUGGAGAGGAGGGGAUUGAAAGAGAGGGUGAAAUAGCUGAUGAGGGGAGUGAAGCGAUGGAGGUGGAGGGAGGAGGAGAAGAGGUGGUAAGAGAAGUAGGAGAAGGAGAAGAGGCUGGAAGGGAAGAAGAACGAAAAGAAGUAGCGAGGGAGGUAGGAGGGGAAGAAACGAAGGACUUACAGAAGGAAGACGUAGGGAGGGAAGAGGGUCAGGAAGCUAGCAAUGCGAAAGGAGGUGAAGCAAGAGAAGGAGGUGGCGGUGACAAGCAGGGCGAGGAAAGUGGGUGGUCGUGGGAGGGAAGUGAUCUCAAUGGGUGCUGUCUCAACGUGGACAGGACGUUUCUUGAUGAAACGGUUACAAGCGGUGCUGAGGUGGUUUCAAGCGGUUCUGAGAUCGUGAUACUAUGUGCCGACAUGGAUCUGGAUGCGUUGCCUCAGGAAAUGAGUUGCUGCCUUGGGUCCCAGCAGGAUCAACCUGGGAAGGCUCACAUGGGGCAGCAUGAGGAACAGCAGCAAGCGGAGGAGGAGUGCCCGCUAGAGCAGUUGACUCGCGUUGACUCGCUGGAAGAUGACGACUUCUGGGAGAGAAUGGUCGCCAGCUAUGGCACCCUGGACGACCUGCCUGCUACAGCCGGGGUAUCUGCCACAGAUGAAGGGGACGCUACAGCCAGAGUCGUUGCUACAGCCGGAGUGGUUGCUACAGCUGGAGGGGAAGCGAUAACUUCAGGGGCAAGUGGAGUAGCAGUUACAGCCGAUGGUGGGAUGGAAAUGGACGAUUGUAGGGUUGGGGGUGUCGCCACAUUUCCUCGCUCUCGGUGGGGCAUGCAGCAGAAAUGA